AAGGAGAUAUUGAAUUUUUCAACCCCGAUGAGCGGCAAAGAAAGGCUGUGUUUUACACUCGAGUUGAACCACACAGAGAUUUUAUUGAGGUCAAAGCUUCAUGCGAUUGGGAGGUAGAUUACAUCACUGGUUGGCCAUUCAUAUGUCAUGUGACUGACUCGUCUGACAUCUCCGUAUAUGGAAUGGAGGAUGGAACAGUCUGUGCAUACCCUGAGCUGAUUGCUGACUGCACACAAGUCGGAGAUGGUCGAAUCGACGCAGAAGUCACCUACAAUGGCCAGAGAUACCCAUGUAAGAUCAAGAAAGAUAAGCCAUGUAUUUACCGUGUACAGUUUAAACCAAGAGGUCCAGGAAUUUACAAAAUUUGGAUUAAUUAUGAAGGACGACCUGUGAAAG